CAGAAAAUGCUCUGAAGGCGAACUGGACAGCGCCUGCCAGAACUGAAUCUGUUUGGAAAAAAUCUUCCUUCACCCAAAGGCCUGUUUGUUGUCAAGAGGGAACCUCUACAACAGCCAAACUCUGCAAGUGAUGGGCUCUGAGAACAGUGCUUUGAAGAGCUACGUACUAGAAGAGCCACCGUUCACACUGCCAACUGGACACACAAUUUAUCCAGCCGUGCUACAAGAUGGCAAACUUGCUUCGGUCUUUGUGUACAAGCGAGAGAAUGAAGAUAAGGUUAAUAAAGCUGCCAAGCACCUGAAAACCUUGCGCCACCCUUGCCUUCUGCGCUUCCUCUCUUGUACUGUGGAAGCAAAUGGGAUCCACCUGGUUACAGAACGUGUGAAGCCUUUGGAGAUGGUCCUGGAGACACUCUCAUCUGCAGAAAUCUGUGCAGGAAUCUACGAUGUGUUGCUGGCGCUCAUCUUCCUCCACGACAGGGGAAACCUAACACAUAACAACGUCUGUUUAACAUCCGUGUUUGUAAGUGAGGAUGGGCACUGGAAGCUGGGAGGAAUGGAAACAGUCUGUAACUUCAAUGAAGCCACCCCAGAGUUCCUCUGUCAUGUGAAGUCAGUACGAGACCAGUCGUGCAUCCCUUGCGAGGAGAUGUCUGCAGAUUUCAAAAUUCUGCCCAACAGCUAUGGGCACGCAAGGGAUGCCUACGCGUUUGGAACAAUGGUUGAAAAUCUCCUGACAGUCCUAAACGAUCAGGUUUCAGCAGAUAUUCUCUCCAGCUUUCAGCAAACCUUGCACUGUACACUGCUGAAUCCAGAUCCAAAGUGUCGUCCACCACUGUCCAGCUUAUUGUGUCACGAGUUCUUCAGGAAUGAUUUUCUGGAAGUUGUGAAUUUUCUGAAGACCUUAACACUAAAGUCUGAGGAGGAAAAAACUGAGUUUUUCAAGUAAGUGAAGGACCUAUAAUCUGGAAAUUCCAAAAAAACAGAGGAGCUGAUAGCGUCACGGCUGGUGCCUCUUCUACUCAAUCAGCUCGUGUUUGCAGAACCUGUAGCUGUCAAGAGUUUUCUUCCUCAUCUGCUGGGUCCAAAGAAAGAGCAAAUUGGAGAAAGCCAGACCAGCUGCCUCCUGUCACCAGCCUUGUUCCAGACGCACGUCAUUCCUGUGCUGCUGAAGCUAUUUGAGGUUCACGAGGAGCACGUUCGAAUGGUGUUGCUGUCUCACAUUCAUGCCUACGCAGAACUGUUCUCUCGGGAGGAGUUGAAAAACAUCAUAUUGCCACAGGUAUUGCUGGGCCUUCGAGAUACCAGUGACUCUAUCGUUGCAAUAACGCUGCACAGCUUAGCGGUUCUUGUCUCCCUGCUUGGACCUGAAGUAGUUGUAGGUGGAGAAAGAACGAAGAUUUUCAAAAGCUCUGCACCAAGUUUCAUGAAAACUGCUGAUUUCUCCCCAGAAGACUCCCCCAGUCAUGUUGUAAGCAAUCAGAGAAAUCAAACCUCUCGGCCUUUGAAGAACAAUUCUAGUGUGUUGCCCAUCGCUGGAAACGUAGCUGUCAAGAAGCUGUCUGUGCGACAAGACAAUCCACUGGCUUUAAAGACAGGUGAGCAAGACACUCAGCCCCCCCUGAAUGGAAUUCCUGGAAGCAUUAAUAUGCUAGGGAGCAGCAGGAGCUCUUUCACUACCUCUGAAAAGCCUGCAGAGGAGUGGCCAGACUGGAGUGAGCCAGAGGAGACAGACACUGAGAAAACUGUGAACAUUCAAAUUCAGCCCCAAGAGCCGCGGGGCAGUGUGGGACCUUAUUUUGCUGAACAUGAUGUAGAUGAGAAGCCUUGGGAUGACUUUGAGCCCAGCAGCCCUAGUCCUGAACUGUCCUCAGGAAACUGCCUCACUGUGACACAAGCCGAUGCGGUUGAAACGCUGAGGCCUCUGCCAGGUACCCAUCAACUGAGCAAAGAAUUCAAAAGCCUCAGACUGAGUCCCCCCACAAAGUCCUGUCCUGGGAGCAGCUGGAGCAAUGACAAAUGGGACCACCAGGAACAACUGGGCCAAACUGUGCUGCCAAAACCAACCUUUCAGGAAAGGCUGAAGUCGUCAUCAGAGUCUGGCCUAGGAGAAGAAUUCACGAUCAAAGUGAAGAGGAAACCUGUGCAAGACCCUGAGCUGGACUGGUUUGCUGACAUGAUCCCAGACAUUAAACCUUCUUCGGCUAUUUUGAUUUUACCUGAAGGGAGGACAGAAGCAGUUGUUCCCCGUCACUCUGGUGUAGUAUCCAGCAGAGAAGGUGCCUCCCAGAACAUGCUGUUUUCAUCGAAAUUCGCAGCACCUGAUGUUAUUGAGGCUGAAGCUGCAGGCUGGGGUGAAGAAGAAGAGUUGAACUGGGAAGAUGAUACUAACUGGUAAUGGGACUGAAAGAGACAAAGGCAAUUUAUGGUGUGUUGGAUUCUGUAAGAGAAGUCACUGCUUCCCCAAUACAACAGAUAAGUACCUCAGCACUGCUUUUGCCAGAAGGCAGGCACUUGCUGCAGCAGCCAGCAAGAUCCCGUGGGGCCUGAUCUCUUGCAGUAGAUGCUGCUUUCCAGUCUGUGCCAAAAACUGCAGGGGUGAGGCCUGCACUCAAGCAAUAUGCCCAGCUGUGGUGCAUGCCCCUGCUACCGGAAGGAGGAACAGCGUGAUGGGUGUGUUGGUGCUGACAUGCUACUGGAGGCCAGGAGUGGUAUAAGCAAUUGUUCCAGAACUCAUCCCUGCUCUGAAAAACUGAUGACAAUAAAUGAAAGUCACACU